UUUUCCUAAUCUGUCUUCUUCUCUUUCGGCAUGGUUGUCCUUGAUCAAUUUGAUAACCUGAUGUAUUUCAUUCAGGUAUUGGGAGGUUUUGAUGCAUCAAACUAUGUUACAGAAAGGAAAUGGGUAACAGCAUCAGACGGAACUCAAAUUCCAAUGUCUAUUGUGUAUAACAAAAAACUUGCAAAGCUCGAUGGAUCUGAUCCAUUGCUGCUUUAUGGAUAUGGUUCAUAUGAGAUUUCCGUGGAUCCAUAUUUCAAGGCAUCAAGGUUAUCCCUGUUAGAUCGUGGGUUUAUCUAUGUAAUUGCUCAUAUCCGUGGGGGUGGUGAAAUGGGGAGACAGUGGUACGAGAAUGGAAAGCUGUUGAAGAAGAAAAACACAUUCACUGAUUUUAUUGCUUGUGCUGAGUAUUUAAUAGAAAAUAAGUAUUGCUCGAAAGAAAAACUGUGCAUCGAAGGAAGAAGUGCUGGCGGAUUGCUGAUGGGUGCUGUCCUUAAUAUGAGGCCUGACUUAUUCAAGGUGGCUGUCGCUGGAGUUCCUUUUGUAGACGUUUUGACAACAAUGCUGGACCCAACAAUUCCUCUUACGACAUCAGAAUGGGAGGAGUGGGGUGACCCCAGAAAGGAAGAAUUUUACAACUAUAUGAAGUCAUAUUCCCCUGUCGACAAUGUAACAGCACAGAAUUAUCCAAAUAUUCUUAUAACUGCUGGGUUAAAUGAUCCAAGAGUUAUGUACUCUGAACCUGCCAAGUGGGUGGCGAAACUGAGAGAAACGAAGACUGACAACAACAUACUUCUGUUCAAAUGUGAGAUUGGCGCAGGGCAUUUCUCAAAAUCGGGGAGAUUCGAGAAGCUUCAAGAAGAUGCAUUUAUUUUUGCAUUCAUGAUGAAAGUUUUGGACAUGAUUCCCGCGUCUGGGUGAGUUAGUCUUCAACAACAGUUUAGGUUUGUAAUUGUUUUCUUCUUUAAGCGCAGACUCCUCCUUAUCCUUAAGACAAUUUAUUUUGUUUCGCGUUCUAAAGUCUUGAAAGAAAGAAUAACAGAGAUAGUGGAGGAUUUAUUCAAUCAUAUAAUAACUUAAAUUAAAAUCGGUUUACUUGA